CCGGAAGUGACGUUUUGAACUCGCCCGAGGACGUGCAGGUACCGACACAGACGGGAAGCCAGUGUGUCAACGUGUGGUCGGGGGUCGUGUUCCUGUGCGCUACAGAAUCACUGAGCUGAUCGUCAUGAUGCUGGAGAGGAGUAGGGUGAUUCUAGUGGCGGAUCUCUUCUUCAGCAGGAAACGUUCGUCUGAGGUGGAGGAGGAGAGGAUUCACUGCUUCUGCUCCAGAGCAUUCACACAGGAUCGGGAGCUGUAUCGCUCUGAUAACAGACUACUGUCUGACCUGGCAGACACUGCAGUCCAAGAGUCUGAUGAUGAAGGGGAGGAGGAAGAGGAGGCUGAGGAAGUGUUGGAUGAAGAGGCUCAGCUGAUGGCCAGCAUGGGUCUGCCUCUGGCCUUUGUCAGCUCCUCUGACCAGAGGAGAGCAGGGAGGAGUUUGAACAGGAAGCCUGUCACAUACUGGGCAGAACCAGCUGAAGAGGAGGAAGAUGAAAAAGAGCCUCAGAUCAAAGCUGAGAAGGAAGUGUGUGAUCCACAGGAGGGAGGAACAGGAGGGAUCCAAGAUGCUGGCUGGGAAACCUACUGGGCUCAUCAGGGUGAAGCUCUGCUGUGGAGCUGCUGGCUGGAGAAACAUCCAGAGACUGAGCUGCUGUCUGCAGAAGAUCCAGGGACAGUGACUGCUCCAUGGGACAACCAGGAAACAAAGGCUGAGUGGGAGAAACAUGCUGCAGACACCUACUACUUCUUUUGGGAGCAGUAUUCAUACUGGGCAGCACAGGGCUGGACCACUGACCUGGCAGCCUGUAAUGGGAACACUGGUGGAGAAGCAGCAGCAGCAGCAGCAGGGGUGAUGGACAGAGACGCAGAGACACACUCAGAUGAAUGGAAGGAUGGACAGACUGAAGCUGAGAGCCAACAGAGAGAAGAAGCUAAGGCUCAUCAUGAUGAUGAUGUUGAGGCUUUGAAAGAUCUGUUUGGACAGAGCUGCAGAUUGGAGGCAGGUGGGAGCUCUGUGACUGACUCACAGACACACAGACAGUGUGGGAGUGUGGCUGAUAUCAGAGAGCAGUCAGAGGGAGAGCUCUGUGGGUCCGAUGAUCCAUCUGAUGGUGGGAAUGAUCGCAAAAGAUCUGCUGCAUCCUCAGAGCAGAAUGAAGGCCAACAUACAGAUUCCCAGCAGGCUGCUGGUAGCCCUGACAAACAGCAUGGCUCAAAGAAUAAGAUGUCAAGUAGAGAAGAAGAUGAUAAUGAUGAUGAUGACAAACUUCCCAGAGGAGGACAUGCUAAAGUCAAACGCAGUCAUGAGCUGGAUGUGGAGGAGAGCCCACAUCUGACACCUGAGGAAGCCUGGAGUAAACUCGGACUCAAACACAACCCAGAGCCCAUGUUCAACAGUGUGUUAAACUUUAAAGGCGGCACUGGUCAGAGGCAUAAGAGGCAGUGGUGGACUAAGAGAGCGGUCCGCAGCAUCAGUAAACACACAAGGUUCUUAGAAACAGAGGAAGACAACACACAGCCACACAUCAGCACCUCCCUCCAAAAGGUCCAAGACUUCCUUAAAAAGAACCAGGGAGAGACACAGAUCACUCCAUGUGACCAGGGGGUGAUGGGAGGAAGAAGUACACAGGAACGUCCAUUUCUGGGAGAAGUGAUGGGAGAGGAGGAGAAGAGAGAGAGGAAGGAGAUGAAGAGUGCUGAGAUUGGAAAUAAAGAAGCUAUGGCAGAAGAGAGCUCUAAUUCUCUCACGUACAGUUUAGAUAGAGACAGGAGGAAGGUCACUCAGCCCAACACCUCCUUCAGCUGUGCGACUGAGACUGGGGAUAAUGAGAGGGAGGAGGCACAGAAGCAGCCUGGUAGACAGUCAGCAUAUAUAGAAAUUCCUGACUUUCUCCAGUGUGAUGCACCUGAAGAUGACAGUGAGAUGGGUGUGAAAGAUGGAAAGAAGCAAAAGAAGAAUAAGAGUAAGCAAGGAAGGAAGCAGCAGAUCCCAGCAGAAAUGGCAGCUGAACCUGAGCUGGCUAAAUACUGGGCGCAACGUUACAGACUCUUCUCUCGCUUUGAUGAGGGGAUCAGGCUGGACAGAGAGGGCUGGUUCUCUGUGACACCAGAGAGGAUUGCUGAACAUAUCGCCCUCAGACUGGGGCACAGCUUCUGUGACAGUCAGCUGGUCAUAGACGCCUUCUGUGGUGUGGGAGGAAACGCCAUCCAGUUCGCCCUCACUGGACAGAGAGUUCUGGCCAUUGAUAUCGACCCGGUGCGAUUGAACUUGGCGCGGCACAAUGCUACGGUUUAUGGCGUGGCCGAUCGUAUUGAGUUCCUGCAAGGGGACUUCCUUCAGCUGGCACCCCGUCUCCGUGGCGAUGUGGUCUUCCUGUCACCACCAUGGGGAGGACCAGACUACCUGACUGCUGAGGUGUUUGACAUCAGGACCAUGAUGGAGCCUGAUGGAUUUGAGAUUUUUCGCCUGGCCAAACUGAUAUCAAACAACAUAGUGUACUUCUUGCCUCGUAAUGCUGACAUGGAUCAGGUAGCCUCUCUGGCUGGUCCAGGAGGGAAGGUAGAAGUAGAGCAGAACUUCCUCAACAACAAGCUGAAAACAGUGACCGCUUACUUUGGCAGCUUGAUAAAACCAGACAGCUAGUGACCCUGUUUCCUGGACCUGUGAAGAUUUCUUCCUGCACAUAGGGAAUGGAGCAAAAAUCCAUUUCUACUCUAUUUCUCUCUUUCUACCAGGGCCUGUUACCUUUUCACCAGGGAUUCAUUCAAGCACUAAAAUGCACAACAGCUUGACUUACUUUCUUAUACUUCAGACUGAAUGUGAUGAUCAGAAGACUACUCUGUAUGUCUGAUUGAUUCAUUCUGAUGAAUGCAGGUGGUUUAUAAAUCCCUCAGAUUAAGUUAGCACUGCAGUUUUACAACUAUCUAUAUGUUAUGAUUUUUUUAAUUGUACAUUAGAACCAAUAAAUGUUUUUCAGAA